CCGCCUGUUCCGGCUCUACCGGAGAGUUUCUUCUUGCGGUGGGAUGGCCGGGAGUACAUGGCAGAGACGCUUGAGAGAGGCUUUUCAGGUGCUGGGCAGCGGCACUUGUCUCUUCAUUGCUUAUUGCACUACAACUGGGGAUGAAAAGUUUUACGCCAGACACCUGAUACCUACGCUACAGAGGUUUCUGGAGCCAGAAACAGCGCAUAAUUUUGCUGUCCGUUUUAUUUCCUGGGGAUUAAUCCCUCAUUCAAAACACAAGGAUUCUUCUGCCCUGGAGGUAAAUGUAUUUGGCCGAAAAUUCAAGAACCCUGUUGGAAUUGCUGCAGGGUUUGACAAACAUGCGGAGGCAGUGGAUGGCCUUUACAAGAUGGGGUUUGGAUUUGUGGAGGUAGGAACUGUUACACCGCAACCCCAGGAUGGUAACCCCAGACCCAGGGUCUUCAGACUGGAUGCAGAUAAGGCUGUCAUAAACAGAUAUGGCUUUAACAGUCAUGGACUUGCUGUUGUACAGAAGAGGCUUCAAGCUCGGUCCGCAAUCCAAGAGCAGCUUACAAUAGGAGGGAGACCUUUGGGUAUAAAUCUUGGGAAAAACAAGCUCUCUAUGGAUGCUGCAGCUGAUUAUGUAGAAGGAGUCCGAGAGCUGGGCCCAUUAGCUGACUACCUGGUUGUGAAUGUGUCCAGUCCUAACACCCCAGGUUUAAGAGCACUUCAGGGCAAGGAGGAGCUUCGCAACCUGUUGGAAAAGGUAAUGAAGGAAAGGGAUCGUUUGAAAGUCAAUCGGAAACCAGCUGUACUUCUGAAAAUUGCUCCAGACCUGACAAUGGAGGAUAAAAAAGAUAUUGCUGGUGUUGUAACAGAGCUGGGGAUUGAUGGCCUUAUUGUGGUGAACACGACUGUCAGCAGACCGCAGACUCUUCAGGGGCCGUUACGGACUCAGGCUGGUGGUUUAAGUGGAGUUCCGCUCAAGGACCUCGGUACAAAAACUGUGAAUGAAAUGUACUCCUUAACCAAAGGAAGUGUUCCUAUUAUUGGGGUGGGUGGAAUCAGUACUGGAGCCGAUGUCCUUGAGAAGAUCCGAGCAGGAGCAACUCUAAUCCAGUUAUAUACAGCCUUUACCUAUCAAGGGCCUCCUGUGGUAAAGAAAAUCAAACGUGAAUUGGAGCAACUGUUAAAGGAAGAAGGAUUUUGCAGUGUUGCUGAAGCAGUGGGUGCCGAUCACAGGCCUGGAAAAACACAAGUGCCAGCCGUCACAAUGGAUAAAAUUCAAGGUGAACCUGUUGCUGCAGUCAAGGCAGCCAUUGCAUAGAAAUACUGGAGAGGAGAGCAGCCAGAACAUGGUCAAAGCAAUUGGUCACUUCCACAACCUGCACUCAAGUUAAAGAACAUUUUGAGUGAGAAGAGCUAAUGACAUCAAGGUGGGCUGCUGGUAAACCCUGAGGACAUGGUCUUUGAACCAGAUAAUGUCCAAACAGAACAAUCAGUGCAAGAACUUGUAAAUGUAUAAGUAGAUCUGCCUUUUCAAAAGUACAUUGAAUAUCAUGUUCCUCUUUCACCUAGCAGAAGUUGUAAAGACAUUUUUGUACCAUUACUUCAUCAAUAAAUCAACUGAGAUAUAUCGCA